CUACGUCUGUGAUACAAGGAACGAAUGUAUUACGCGUACACUGUAUGAGUGUAUAGUGAGUGUUUACUACAACCGCAAGCUGCAACUAUACCUUCGUUUUGUAAUUUUUAUACACCAGUCACGAGUAUCGGCCGCGGUCACGACACACGAAUACACGAUCCGUUCGACGUGAGUGAGUCAGUGAGCGUAACGUUAGCGUACACCGCGUCCAACAGCACUAUACGUUUCGCAUUUCCGCCAUUUAAUAACAUUUUUUUUUCUUACCAAUCAUUACGCCAACAAGCAGUACCUAGUGACUAUUUAGUUUACAUUAAGCUUUUAACUAUUUUCGUGCAUAAAUCGUGAAGCAUCCGCUGUACCAACUAAGAAACCAAUCGUUCUUCAAUCAUUUUGCAUCGAUGGUCCAUAGUACCGUGACGUUCUGUUGAGUGUUUCUCUUGACAUUUUACACGUAAUUUAAUGGUUUUAUUGUGCAACAGUGUGAAUGAUUGGAUUGCAUAGAGAUUUUAAAGCCAAAAAAAUCACCGUGAAAAUUGAUAAUAUGAAACGCAGAAGUUAUGGUGAUUCUCCUCCUAUGUCACGUAAAAAACGCCAUAGCAGUAUUAACAGGUAUGAUGGUAGUUCUGAUGAGCGUGGAUCGCCCGAACGUGUUCGCCGUAGAGCUAGAUCGCCACCCAGUCCUAGAGUAUCUAGAUACUCGGAACGAGAUGAAUUUGGCCGCUCUAGAGAUUUGGACCGAUCACAUCCUACUUAUAAAGUAUUGUCAGUGAGUGCUUUACAUCCCAAAGCAAGUGAUGAACAAGUCAAAGAAAUAUUGUAUCGAGAAUACCGUAAAUUUGGUGAAUUUUCUAUUAAAGUAUCACAUGAACUAGAUGAGAGAGUAGCAUAUGUGUGUUUUAGAAGCUCAGAAGAUGCUAGGGAUGCCAAACAUAGUAAGCCUAGGAUAAGUUUGUUUGAUAAAAUAGCUUUAGUUGCACCUGUUUAUGAAAGUCGUAGUUCUAGAGAUCAUUAUGAAUCAAGAGCUAGGCGCUCUCGAUCUCGAAAUUUUUCCCCAGAAUUUGAACGAUACUAUCAUAGGUCUCCUAUGCCUCCAGAAAUUCAUAGGAUACAUCCAGCUGAUAGGUUUUAUGAAAGGUUACCAUAUGGUACUCUUCCCCCUAUGCUGCCACCACGAGACUUUCGAGAAAUAGGUUUACCACCGUUACAUCCUCAUGAACUUAUGAUACCUAGAGGACCGUUAUUACACCAUGUGGCUCCUAUUCAUCCUCAUUUAGGGCCAAUUCAUCCGUUGUAUGGACCACCAAGACAUUUUAUACCACCAUUUAGACCACAUCCUCAUCCUCAUUUGAUACAUGACAAAAAAGAUAAAUUUCCAAACUAUUUGCACCACAUUCCACCAGAAGAUGACCCAUUAGCCACACGUACAUUAUUUGCUGGUAAUUUAGAAGUUUCUAUUUCGGAUGAAGAACUUCGUCGUAUAUUUGGCAGAUAUGGAGUUGUAGAGGAUAUUGAUGUUAAAAGGCCAUUACCAGGAACAGGCAAUGCAUAUGCAUUUGUUCGCUAUCAAAAUUUAGACAUGGCUCAUAGAGCAAAAGUUGAAUUAUCCGGUCAAUAUUUAGGAAAAUUUCAAUGUAAAAUUGGCUAUGGAAAAUCUACACCAACACAACGAAUAUGGGUUGGUGGUUUGGGUCCUUGGACAUCACUUGCUCAGCUAGAACAAGAAUUUGAUAGAUUUGGUGUUAUUAAAAAAAUUGAGUAUGUCAAAGGUGACAUUUGUGCCUAUAUACAGUUUGAAAGCAUUGAUGCUGCAACUGCGGCUGUCAAAGAAAUGAGAGGAGUGGCUUUAGGAGGCUCUGAUCAUAAACUGAGAACAGAUUUUGCUGAUGGAGGUGUCUGUGUCAGUCCUACAUUAACUUAUUCAUCAAAGUCUAAGUCAUCUCAUGAUGAUGUUGCAGCAUCUGCGGGAGAUUUACGAGAACUAUCAAGACAAGAUGAAUAUCCUUAUGGUUGGCCAGAUGGUGAGUAUCCUUCUUACAGUUCCAGAAGCUAUCGUAAAAGUCGUACAGAAUAUGGUGAAGAAAGCAAAGAAUUUGGGAAUUAUGAAAAUGGUCGAUCAUUCAAGCAGCAUUCUGUUUCUGAUAUUGGUUCUCCUCGAUCACCUGAACGAUCACCACUUCAUCAAUCAAUUGACAGUGAUCUAGAAUCCGAAGAAGGAGCAAUACAAUCAGCAGGUCUUUUGACAUCUGUUCGUACACUAGGUGAUUUGGCUCGUAAAUGUACUGAUAUAUGGCAAGGCAGUCUUGUAUUGAAAAGCUCACAGUUCCCAGCUAAAUGUCAUUUAAUUUCUGGUGAUGCAAAUGUUAUAGAAUCAAUGAUGAGAGAUGAAGAUGGUAAAUCAACAUUGCGUAUAACUCAACGAUUGCGUUUAGAUGAACCAAAGUUGGAAGAUGUGUCUAAACGUAUAAUAACUGCUGAUACACAUGCUAUAUUUUUGGCUAUGCCUUGUUCUACUAACUCCAUUUCCAACGAUGAUGCAUUGGUACAAAUUAGACCACUGCGUAAUUUAGUAUCCUAUUUAAAACAAAAGGAGGCUGCUGGGGUUAUAUCAUUAAUAAAUAAAGAUCCUGAACCAGCUGGUGUUUUAUAUGCAUUUCCUCCUUGUGAGUAUUCCGCCAAAUUAUUGAAACAAAGUGCAAAAAAUUUAAGCAGUGAUACAUUAAAAGAUGAUCACUUAGUUGUGGUGGUAGUUAGUGGAGGGGUUUCAUAAUAAUAUAUUCUUUUUUUUAUUCAAUUUUCAAGUAGGUACAUUAACUUAUUUGAGGACGCUACACACAUAUGCAUUAUUUCCAUCUUACAAAGGCAUAUUAUAACAAAUUGUACAUUCUGAAUAAUCAAUUUAACUCUUUAUGUUUAAUAUUCAAAGGAAUUGACCAAUUAACAGAUUUAAAAGUAAGAAUAUUAUCUUUAUGAAUCUGUGCAAACAAUUUAAAAUGUUGAAAUGCUCAUAAUUUGCUUUAAAAUUAAAAUAUAAAAAAACAACAUAGGCAAUUCAUUAAAUAAUAUUCUUAAUUUUAAAUUGUAUAAUACUUCAAUUCAACUUUAAUUAAAAACCACAAAGUUAAAUGGAUUAUUAAUUUAUAACAAUUUGCUAUUGUAUGUUUGUUAAGCAGUGACAAUGCAUGUAGCAUCCACUUAAUAAUAUAUACUGGAUGUAUACAUAUUUUUUUUAUAUCAAUGUCAUUUAAUAAUUAGAUAAUAUUAAUAAUUAUAAGUUAUUAUAAUACUAGAAUUUAUUUUAGAUUAAAUAUUUUUUAUUGACUUUUUGAUGCUACAAUAUUUUUAUGUUUUAAAUUUGAACGCAGAAGUUCAUAACAAAAGAAGUUAUUGUGGUUUAUUUAAACUGUGUAAACGUUUUUUAUUAUGUGCUUAAAAUUUCAGUUUAAUGUAUUUGUUUAUUAAUUCAAAUUUACACUCACACAGUUUAAUUACUAAUAAAACAUGUGGAGUGCGUAAUAUUAUUUAUACAGAUUGUGCUGCAAUGUAUAGUUCAUAGAACACUAUUCUAAGUUUAUUAAUGUGUACUAAAGUGAUUCAAUAUUUUUACAUUUAAAAUAAUGCAUUAUUUUAUUAUUGAUAAGUGUUAAUAUGUAUACCGUUCUUACAUUUUAAUUAAACUGUUUCUCUUAUAUCUUUGAAAAUACAGUGUAAACUAUCAAGCAAUCAAGUUAACUUGGAUUGUCCAGUAAUCAUUUUUUGAAGUGUUGUAACUAUUUAAGACAAAAUAAUUAAUUCUAUUAUUUACUAACUUGUAACUAAUCAUGUGCGUUAUAUUAGUCUUAUAAUAAAGUGUAAUUCGCGAUUCAA